CAGAACAGCGAAAUAACAGACGUUACAGACCGUCCUCAAUAGGGGGGGACCCAAUUCAUUCGUUCAGCCAUCCUCGGUUCCCUUAUUCCCGUGAUUCCCGUUUCCCUAUAACAACUAGCUCUCUUCCCUGUGUCUCUCCCUCCCUCCAUCGUUCGCUCGCUCUCUUUUAUUCUUCUACGAAAGACGCUUGUUGAUCCCUUUCUUCUUCUUCUUCUCCCAUUUUCUCCCACAAACUGGUUCCUCUCUGACUCGUUAUCGCCCUGUGGGUUUGCGAAGGAAAUGGUGGCAGAUAGCAAGUCGAAAUCCGAUAUCUCCUUUGCCGGAACUUUCGCCAGCAGCGCUUUCGCCGCUUGUACCGCUGAGAUAUGUACCAUUCCCUUGGACACUGCUAAAGUUAGGCUUCAGCUCCAAAAGAAAGCUGUUGCAGGUGAUGGAGUGGCCUUACCAAAGUACAAGGGUAUGCUGGGCACUGUUGGUACCAUUGCAAGGGAAGAAGGACUAUCGGCACUGUGGAAAGGCAUUGUGCCGGGAUUACAUCGUCAAUGCCUGUUUGGAGGUUUAAGAAUUGGAUUGUAUGAACCUGUUAAAAAUUUGUAUGUGGGCAAUGACUUUGUUGGAGAUGUUCCUUUAUCCAAGAAAAUACUUGCUGGACUUACAACUGGUGCCCUAGCAAUCACAAUAGCAAAUCCAACUGAUCUUGUGAAAGUUAGACUUCAGGCUGAAGGAAAAUUACCACCUGGUGUGCCAAGGCGCUAUAGUGGAGCUGUGAAUGCUUAUUCGACAAUUGUGCGAAAGGAAGGACUUGGUGCUCUUUGGACUGGACUAGGGCCCAAUGUAGCAAGAAACGCAAUUAUAAAUGCUGCUGAACUAGCCAGCUAUGAUCAAGUGAAGCAAACAAUUUUGAAAAUCCCAGGGUUCACAGAUAAUGUUGUCACUCAUCUCUUUGCUGGUCUCGGGGCAGGGUUUUUUGCUGUCUGUAUUGGCUCCCCCGUUGAUGUGGUUAAGUCAAGAAUGAUGGGAGAUUCUGCUUACAAAAGCACGCUUGAUUGUUUCCUCAAAACUUUGAAGAACGAUGGACCUUUGGCUUUUUACAAGGGUUUUAUCCCAAAUUUUGGACGGCUCGGAUCAUGGAAUGUCAUCAUGUUUCUCACAUUAGAACAGGCAAAGAAGUUUGUCAAAAGUAUAGAAUCAUCUUGAGACCCAAACAUUACAUGCAAACAGGGGCGUUGGGUCCUGCAUGUGGGUUGAAUCAGCAGUCGGUUGAAGCUGGCUAGCUAGAAUAUAAUAAAGUUUUUGAUCAGUUUUCAGUCUUCUAUUUUUGCUAAUUGAGAUGGAGGAAGGAUCCAGCAAGACCAACACUCCAGGAGAUUUUUAGAAACUUUCUUUUUUAAAACGGCAAUAAGUCAUUUUUCUGGACGACAUGUUGCAUUCUUGCCAUUCCUAUUGAUGGCAUUCUAAUCAUUGAUUUACGCUUCUA